AACACAAUGUCGAACAAACCCAUCUUCGUGGCUACUCAUCCACGAGCUUGCUCUACGGCCUUCGAGCGGGUCUUCAUGACACGCCGGGACACGCUCCAAACCGUUCACGAACCCUUUGGCGAUGCCUACUACUUCGGACCAGAGCGACUCGCAGAACGGUACGAGAACGACGCAAAAGCUAGGCAAGAGAGUGGUUACGCGGACAGCACUUACCGAACCAUCUUUGACGGGAUCCAAAAAGAUAACUCAGAGGGCAAACGCGCAUUCGUCAAGGACAUGGCACAGUACUGGAUACCACCCAGCCAGAAACCGGCGACCAUUGCCCCGUCCCUUGUUAAUUACAAGCCCGGCGUGGGAACUGAUACCACGGCCCUCUCACCUGUCGCCAGUAGAACCGACAAAGAUGCGCCCCUGUACCCAUAUCAGACGGAAGCCGAACCCGGCAACCCAACCGUGAUCCCAAAGGCACUGCUCGCGCAAUUCCACUUCACGUUCCUGAUCCGUCACCCCAGGAAUAGCAUUCCCAGCUACUACCGCUGCACUGUCCCACCUCUGGACAAAAUCACGGGCUUCUACAACUUCCGUCCCGACGAGGCAGGAUACGUCGAGUUGCGCCGCUUCUUCGAAUUCUUGCGCGCAGAAGGCCAGAUCGGACCCCAUGCUGCGACUGGUGUUUCUGAAGAUGUCCUUAGUACCGCUACCAAUGGCACCAAUGGCUCAUCGACGGGCGUAGAGAUCUGCGUCAUCGACGCAGACGAUUUGCUAGACAACCCGUCUGGUAUCAUCGAGGCGUACUGCAAGAGCACGGGCAUCAAGUACGAACCCGAGAUGCUCACCUGGGAUACAGAGGAGCAUCACGAGUAUGCCAAGGAGACGUUUGAGAAGUGGAAGGGUUUCCACGAGGACGCUAUCAAUAGCAAGGAGUUGAAGGCUCGCACACAUAAGAAAACACCCAAGAGUGAAGAUGAGCUGUUCAAGGAGUGGACAGAGAAGUAUGGCGAAGAGGGCGCGAAGAUCAUCAGCGAUUGCGUCAAGGAGAAUGUGGAGCAUUAUGAGUACUUGAAGCAGUUUGCUAUCAAGGUUUGA